AUGGUCGCCCCGUACACCUUCGAAGUUGGAUCCGAGUGGCCGGAAUGGGACAAGGGGAACUUCCUUGCCAUGCGUUUCAUCCAGAAGUGCAUCAACGACGGCUUUGCUCGCAAGGAGCUCUCCCUCGCUGGCAAGCCGCACCAAGGCGACGCUCCGCCCUUCAGGAUGGUCUGCAACUACCACGACUUCGUCAAAGACGACCCGCUCGUCCCGACGCCCGCGAACAAGACCUGCACCUUCUUCGUCCAGCUCGAGCCGGUCGUCGACGAAGAGCGCAAUUGCGUCACCGCGAGCAACCUCGAGCACAAUCACCGACUCGAGCUCAAGCGCCACUGUUUUGAGCACCUUCGCGAGGAGGAAGGAGCGGUCAUCGACGAAUGCCGCGAGGCUAUCAAGAAACUCGCCUUCGAACAGGCGGAGCGGUUGCGCAAACGCUUCGACAACUGGUUCCCGACUGAGCCCAAAGCUGUGCUCUUCGAGCUUCAAGACCAGCUCAUCCAGGAUUACGGCGCAGCCUUCUCGCGGAAUGAGGCCGAUGCGCUCGUCGUCGCGCUCAAGCACAAGAGGCUGUAUCUCGAAGAGCCCGAGACCGACUUCUCGCCCACUCCUUCGCCGACAAGCACGCCCAUUGCGCGAAAGCGUGAACUCCCCGAGCUCGACGGUCCCGCUUCAUCAGCAAAGAAGAGGCGGCAGACUCAGGCGGAGGACGCAGUAGACAAGCCGAUGGGGGACAAGCAGGAGGGGAAGAAGGCGAGCGGAUCGCAGGCGCGCAAAGGCAAGAAGAAACCCGUUUCAGAAGGUGCGUCCCCCGCGUCCUUGCGCUGGUCACCAGCUCAUCACAAUUGCCUCUCGAAGGCCGGCGAGUGUGAGCCGCGUGACAAGGGCAAGGGCAAGGGCAAGCAGGCUGCGCCUCCCACCUUUGCCAACUUCCUCUCCAGCUUGAGCGAGUCUUUCGACUUCUCGCGCUAUGAGCCGCACUUCGCCGCACUCGACAUUACGUCCGAAGCACAAUUGCUCGAGGUCGCAACGGGUGGAGCAGACGAGUUAGGCGCGCUGUUGAACGAGUUGGAGAAGGAAGUCAAUUUGCCGGAUGGGACGAAGUUGAGCGGGAUGAAGAAGCCCUGGAGGAGCCGCUUGAAGAAGCUGUUAGACGAGCGGGCGGAGGCUUAG